UCUGCAAAGGAAUUUUGUCAGAAAUUCACUAAUGGAGUAUGUCCAGAUGACUUGGAUGACGAUGACGACGAAACGUCCGGUUUACACAAGAGGUCAUCUUCCGGUGCAUUCACACAAUAUAGAGAUCCGACACCGUUCACAGUCAGCAUUGAUGCUCCAUUUUCAAACGCAGAACCGUUGGGUCCGUUAUUUGAAGAGAACUUUGAAGAAUUUGGAUCAUAUGCUCCGAUGCAAGACCCAAUAUCACCAAUGUCAGACAUAAGGAAUGCGCUCUUUACCGCUCUGAAUAAUCAUGGGAACGGCUUUGCGUCGUUAGACGAGAUAAGAGAUAAGAAAUAUUUAUCGUGUAAUAAAGUGUGGGAGAGAAUUCAACAACACCCAAAGUUUGACGACUUGGAAGAUGAAGAGAUGGAUCAAUUGUGCAAUGAACUUAAAGCUAAAGCAAGAUGUUCUGGACAUGGUCCAGUGGUAGCCGAAGAAGAGGUGGAUGCCGUGUUGGUGAAGUUGUCGGAAUGA